AAUCCAUGUGAAGAAGAAGAAGAACGUGUUGUCAGAAAACUUGAACGCGUGUGUUUCGCCCUCAUUGAUAUAAUAAUACAACGUGUCUUGUUUGUAAAGUAAUUUCUAGCCGCUGUCUGGCUGCCCAGAAACACUCUGCACCAAGAAGAUACAGUUACUCUUUUCUUUCUUUCAAGCUGGCGAAGGAACCUGAAUCUCACCGUUUAUAAUGUCUCAGGCCACCAAACGGAAACACGUUGUCCAGGAGGUUCUUGGAGACUUUGUCACACCCACAGAAAGCCAGCAGAUCGUGAAGGUCAUCAGUAGCCGGGGUAAUAACCUCCAUGAAGCUGUCACUGCCCAGGGGGAGACUUUCCUGGUGAGCAUGCCCACCAAGUUCCGCAAAAACAUCUGGAUCAAGAGAGGUGACUAUGUCAUUGUGGAUCCCAUCGAGGAAGGAGAGAAGGUGAAGGCAGAGAUCAGCUUCAUUCUUUACAAAGAUCACAUUCAGUACCUGCAAAAACAACAGCACUGGCCAGAGGGGUUUAUGGAGGAGCCACUGGAGCAGGAGAACCAGCAUGCAAACAAUCAGCAGGAAAAGGAAGAGGAGAAGAAAGAUGAGGAAGAGGAAGUUAGCGACUCUGAAGAUGACGAGAGCGACCUUUUCGUAAACACCAACCGCUGUAACUACCAGUACAGCGAGAGUGAGGACGAGGAGGACAGUGAGGAAGAAGAUGAUAGCAAAGAGGGAAGGACAGAGAAUGGUUCCUAGUGGCAGCGCUGAGGACACGGACAAUCGAGAGUGACAGCUGUGUGAGUGCUGCCAUUACCGCUGACUGAUUUGAAAGGACAGUCCUCGUGCAACAGCUCCCUCGGCAGGUCUUGCAGCCUGUUGUCUGUUGCGUGUGUAGAAUGAUUGAUUGAGGAGUGCAGGGCGUGGUGAGGAUUUAAACAAUUUUUCAGUUUUGCUGCUCCUCUGAAGGGUAUUGUUGUAGUGACCUGAACUGGUACCACCCUUUACAGAGUAGUGCUAACUGUGUUGAUUUGAUUUCCAAAUGAAUACUGCUGAUAGCCUAUGUAAUUCAAUUGGUCUCAAGCACCAAAAUAUGUUUUAUUUUUUAUUAAAUGCUCUAGUUUCAGCUGA